AUAGUCUACGUCAACGUUGACAAGUGCAUUGUCCUGUCUCGGAAGAUGUUCGAACAAUACAGCGGUUCUUUUAAAAGUCGCUAUUUCGGAUUGAAGUUCCUAAAUGUCAAACUGCUUAAAAAGUCAACGGAGUCCGCGCAGAGAAGUAGGUAAGGCGAAACGACAAGGAUUCUGCGUUCAGGAGUUUCUCGACGGCUCCAAAUACGAGGGGGAGUUUGUGGAUGGCCUCAAACAAGGGAAGGGAAAAUAUACGUGGAAAAAUGGAGAGUUCUAUGAAGGCUCUUUUUACAAAGACUACAGACAUGGUGAUGGAAUGUACUAUUGGCCAUCGGGUAAUAAAUUCUACGGUAAAUUUUACCUGAAUUGGAGAGAAGGCUACGGAAAACACAUUUUCCCUGAUGGAGCCAUAUUUAAGGGUUUGUACCAUGCUGACCAAAGGUUUGGUCCUGGUGUUCUUACUGCGCCAUAUGGAUGUCAGGAUGUGGGUAUUUGGCACGGGAAGCACCUUAUACAACUGUGCAAUACUGUUGAAGGUAGCUUCCGCUUAGAAGAGUUUACAGAAUAUUCUGUCGAUUUGGAGCAAACUACCACUUCAAAUUUGAGUGAGACUCCCCAAACAGUUCUCUCCGAGGGAUACACCAAGACAGAUUCAGGGGCAGACAGAGAUGAUCAUUUGCUGCUCUAUGACGACAAUACUAUUCUUCCCUCUGCUUUUGAAAAUUAUUCUACUGAUAUUGACCACCUACCAUUGCCGCCGCAUGUUAGAAGAGAGUUCGACCAGAAUUUUUUUGGCCAGUUGUGGGAACCUGAUUCCCACCUGGAUGAAGGCUACAAACAAGAUCCAUCCUCUGUCCAGCCUUUACCAGCCAAAAUGUUGGCUCACAUUCACAAACACAGACAACAGGCUAAAACAAUAGACUGGCCUGUCGCAAACGUACUUUCAUGUAAAAGAGACUUUUUUGGGCCAAAAGGACCUUUGGAAAUCGCAUCUGAGCUGCUGAUUCAUCAGGCUUCCAUCGGAGAGCGACAGACUGUUUUACAGAUUCUCCUGGAUGGCUGUGUUCACCCUGACGUGGCAGAUUCUCAAGGGCAUACGGCACUCAUCGCUGCCACAAUUCACUGCCAAAAUGAUGUGAUCAAUCUCUUACUGGAUAUGGGAGCUUAUAUCGACAGGCUGAAUUCUGAGGGCAUGUCAUGUUUGUCAGUGUGUCAUGUCCUGUACUAUCCAAUCAAGUGUUUAUGCACAUUUUCUGCACUUCAAGAAGAAACAGAGGAUAUCAUUGAAAGGCUCCCUGAUGAGGAAUUGACUCUUCCAGAUGAUUAUAACAGAGGUAACGAGGAGAACAUACAAUCUUUGGAAGGCUCCAAUCAGCUGGACAAUGAACUGACCUCAGAACCGUACUUUUCUUCUUCCUGCUCCAUGUACAGCUACGACAUAGAAGUCUCAGAAAAGCUCCUGGAGGUUGCAGCUGAAGCCCUGAGUCACACCGGCUUUCCUCAGCAAUCUGAUACUGAGGAGACCGUUCGCAAAAUGGCAGCAAAAAAAUUCAUGCACCGUUUUCGUUUGUCCACACUGAAUCUGUUAUUGGAUCGGGGCGCUAACCCCAAUAUAUCCAAAGUCCCCUUACCUGUCCUCUUUGUGGCCAUUAUGGCGAGAGACACUGAAACUGUCAGGAGACUUUUACUGAGUGGAGCUCAUACUGAUAUUGCUCUGUCGCUUGAGCGGAAAGGCCAUUAUCCUCUGCAUGUGGCUGCAACUUUGCCAGGCCCAGAAAGUCCCAAAAUCAUAGAAAUGUUGCUGCAUGCUUUGUCUGACCCAGAUGCACGGGCAUCUGACCAGAAUGAGAGCUAUGAACUGGAUAAGGUUUCCAUAAUAAUCAGAAGAUUAUGCAGGGUCCCCUGGGAGCCAAGUCCCAAAGAAGGAGGUCGAACAGCUCUACAUAUUGUUUGCCAACGAGAAACUGAUCACAUGAAUGCAUGCGAAGCAGUAUCGGUCUUGCUCUCUCACAGAGCCAGAACAGACCUCCUCUGGAGUGGACACUCGCCUCUUUCCUUGGCUAUAUCAACUGGCAAUGAAAUGGCGGUGCAGGAGCUAUUAAAAGGAGGUGCAGAUCCAAACAUACCAUUGGGUCUCGGAGUGGGUAAUGCCCUCUGUGCCCUCAGUAACUUCAGCUACAACUUGGAUGACAAAAGAGAAAAACUGCUGGACAUGUUAGAAAAGGCUGGUGCUGACAUGUUGAUGCCGGUUCAAAUUGGUGAUACCAAGGGAACGGCAGUUGACUAUGCACACUUCUCUUUCAACCAAGAUUCGCAUAUUGCCAAAAUACCCUUUCAUAGGCUAAGCAUGGAGGAGAGAGAAACAUUCAAAGCACGUCGCAACCUGCUUACCCUGAUGGGAGAUUUGCUUAGAUGCAAGGCUGUCAAGAGAGAGAAAGAAAUAUUAGAGAGUGAAGCAGCUAGCAGCAAAGUUCCCAUGACAAGGAUACCAUUUCAGUUCUGCUACCAUUGUGGGCGCUCUGCAACUGUGACUCUAACUGCUUGCACUCGCUGCCACCAGGUUCUUUUCUGCUCAACAAAUUGUAAAUUAAAAUCAUGGAAUAAGGGACACAAGGAAGAGUGUAUCCAGGCAGUGGCCGAACAAAUCAAGCUGGAGCAGAAGAAAAUGACCCACUGCUCUAAACCAGAUAAGAGCAAAGAAUGGCCUGCGGGCUUUAUACGACACGAGGGGCUUUUUAAUACGUGUCCGAUUAAAAAGAAAAAAUCAAAAUAAUUCAAUCCGUUCAUCUUGUGCCUGCAAUGCCCACGCUUCCCCAAUAAAUGACGCACUGACCAUUGGCGGACCUUUGUAGCAAGGCAGUGUUUUUCGUGUGACGUAACCGCACCGAAAUAAUGUGCAGUCAUUUUGAGUGUGUCGCAACAUUCAUACACACGUUGAAUCUUUGCUAGGCCCUAAAAAUGUUCAGCAUUUUAUGCGGCUUUCUGCUUUUCAUUCCCUAUAACAUUUGAUCAGCCAGAAGUAGGAUUGCCAACUCCCUGGGGGAGAAGAAAAAAAAAAAACGGGGACACCGUAUUUGGUAGAGCCGGCCGGCCUGAUAACUGUCACCAUAGGCGGAGUUUGACUAUUGGGGCAGGAGGGCACAACAUGUUGAUGACCCCGAAACGCAGUGUCAGCAAUAAAAUUAACUUACAAGAACAUUUAUAAUAAUAAGUUGACAAUGAGCGUAUUUUGUUUCCCAUCAUUCUUGAGGGGAAUCCUAAAUCAGGCUGCUUCAGCAAUACUUUUCGCCAAGCUCGUCAUCCAUUGAAUAGGGUACGCCCGCCGCUGUCGAGCCAAUGUAGUUACCACAGUCAAAAAAUGUAUCCCCUGGGCGGAGCUAUAUGGAGGUAGAUUUGUGUCUUUAUUAUUCAACCCACAAAAAAAGUUGAUUCAAUCAAAAUAUAUAUUUUCAAUCAAAAAA